GACAUUACAAAUGUCACAUUAUGUAUAUAUAUAGUGUUGUAACGAUGUGCAAAUGGUCCUCUGUUUCAUUGGUCUAGGAAUAUGCAGGAAGUACCGCAGGGGGAUCCUAUUAGACUGCUGUAAAACAAAGAGCGAGAAAAAUAGCCAAUCGCAUCACUCGUAUCUUCUAGCGUCAAAGAUAGCUGUCCAUGUCCACCCAUUCUGUUGCUGUCUUUUCAAUUAGAACAUUUCCGUUUAUUCCUUAUUUUCGGAGCUUAAUCAACGCAAAGGAAUAUAUCACUUAUGGCGGCCUACAAGCUGGUGUUGAUCCGUCACGGAGAGAGCAACUGGAACCAGGAUAAUCGAUUCUGCGGCUGGUUUGACGCAGAUCUGAGUGAGACUGGAGAACGGGAGGCGAGGAGAGGAGGACAGGCCCUGAAAGAUGCUGGCUAUGAGUUUGACGUGUGCUACACCUCAGUCCUAAAGAGGGCCAUCCGCACUUUGUGGCUGUGUCUGGACAGCAUUGACCAGAUGUGGCUUCCCGUCCACCGGACCUGGCGCCUCAACGAGCGCCACUACGGUGGCCUAACGGGAUUAAACAAGUCGGAGACUGCCGCCAAGCACGGAGAGGCUCAGGUGAAGAUCUGGAGGCGGAGCUUCGAUAUCCCUCCUCCCACUAUGGAUCCGGACCACGACUUCUACACCGUCAUCAGCAAGGACCGUCGUUAUGGCGACCUGUCGGAGGAGCAACUUCCGUCCUGUGAGAGCCUGAAAGAUACCAUCGCCCGGGCACUGCCCUACUGGAACAACGAGAUUGUCCCCCAGAUCAAACAGGGCAAGAGGGUUCUCAUUGCUGCCCACGGCAACAGCCUCAGGGGCAUUGUCAAGCACCUGGACGGUAUGUCAGAGGAGGCAAUCAUGGAGCUGAACCUGCCCACAGGCAUCCCCAUCCUGUACGAGCUGGACAAGAACCUGAAGCCCGUCAAACCCAUGCAGUUCCUGGGGGAUGAGGAGACCGUCAGGAAGGCUAUGGAGGCCGUGGCAGCCCAGGGCAAAGCCAAAAAGUAGAGGGAGAGAGAGGGGGCACUUUGUGUAUCGUGCAGUAGGAAGUUGCACUUAUCUAGGAUCAGAUUUUAGCCUCCCACCAAUUCCCAACCUUUCAUUAGGAAGGAAGCAUGUAUAACUGACCCUAGAUCAUUCUCUGUGGGAAGCUUAAUUCUACUCCAUGUGGCUCAGAGUAGGGGUAAAGGGAUAUGGGUCGGAGUAGAGGGUCAACAAUACUACAGCUCUCAAAGGAGCUCUCACACACUCUACAUGCAGGCCAAGAAACAGGCACUAAGAAUGUGUGUUCAUAUUCAACUCUACUGUGCAUAGAAAGUUUUUAAAAUGAUUAUAAAGUAACUAAUAAGUUAGUAUAAGUGGAUAUUUAUGGACCAAACUACUUAUAUGGGGACCACUGACUAUCAAAUCACACAGUCAUCAUUCCACUGGCGUAUUACUGUUUCUGUAAGUCCAACAAAAGUGUUUCCCUGUUUGACGAUGGAUCACUGAGAUUACGAAUGUGGUGAUGAAGCCUCAUUUAUUGGAAAAUUGUUGGUCUUGCGUUAUUAUACUUCCAAGUUUCUCUAGAAAAUAGUAUGUAUUUAGAUGUUAAAGAAUCAUUUUUGCACUUAAAAUGUAAACAGUCAUGUGAUUUCUACCCAAAGAAAACAACAACAAAAAAAUAGCCAAAUUAAUAAACAGUUAAAACCACAAGAAGGGAGAAAUAAUUAAUAUUUGCACAACACACACGGUUGUACUGGUUCUUCCCUUUUUGUUUCCCUCUGCCCUGUCUGUGGUUGAGCAAUUCACUGUAUAACCACAUCAGAAGUUGGACGACAGUGUCCAUCUCCUCUUAAGGAUUCGCCCCUUUUUUCUCUCCAUAUUUUCGCCUAAAAUGACCUACCCAAAUCUAACUGCCUGUAGCUCAGGACCUAAAAUGACAGACCCAAAUCUAACUGCCUGUAGCUCAGGACCUAAAAUGACAGACUCAAAUCUAACUGCCUGUAGCUCAGGACAUGAAGCAAGGAUAUGCAUAUUCUUGAUACCAUUUGAAAAAAAACACUUUGACGUUUGUGGAAAUUAAUGUAGGAGAAUAUAAUACAUUAGAUCUGGUAAAAGAUAAUACAAAGAAAAAAAACAUGCUUUUUCAAAAAAAAUUGUUCCAUCUUUGAAAUGCAAGAGAGGCAAUUCAUUAUGUGACUUAGGAGUCUAGGUACAAUUCAGAUUUUGGCCACUAGAUGGCAGCAGUGUGUGCACAAAGUUUUAGACUGUUCAAAAUGUCUUCCCAAAUGUGCCUAAUUGGUUUAUUGAUACAUUUAAGUACAUAACUGUGCACUCUCCUCAAACAAUAGCAUGGUAUUAUUUCACUGUGAUAGCUACUGUAAAUUGGACAGUGCAGUUAGAUUAACAAUAAUUAAAGUUUUCUACCCAUAUAAGACAUGUCUAUGUCCUGGAAAGUUUGCUUUUACUUACAACUGUCAUGCUAAUCACAUUAGUGCACGUUAGCUCAACUGUCCCGGUAUAGGGACACUGGUCCUGUAGAGGGUUUUUAAGAACUGUGGCAGAGACCAAAUAGCUCUUUCUUCCAUGCCCCCUUCCCUUGAUAUUGCUUCUUUGUGUCAUGUAUUUUCACAAUUCACUGUAAAACCACAGAAGUUGACUGAAUACCUUUCCUAGCCUUGGAUGGUGCUUCUAUGUGCAUGUACUGCUGUUUGUAACAUGUUUUUCCAUCCCAUUUCCUCUUGAGUAGUGUGUCCCAUUUGAUACUGUUUUGUCAGUGGGAUCAAACGUUUGGUACCUGCACUGUCGGUCUGUUUCUGCUUUAGCCUACACCAGUGGCAUUCAGGGCUAAACAUUCAUAGAUGCAGAUAGAAAUAGAUUGCACGUAACAGACCAACUCGCUUCUUCCACGUCCAAGCGAGCUGAUUCGUUUAUAUAUGUUUCAUUUAUUUCCACAAUCUAUGAGUAGGCCCAUACUUAAGUUUAUCUUAACCACCCUGUCUGCUGCUAGAACCACUCUUCUACUCUGAAAAUGUGUUCAUUUUAUAUUUGGUGGGAUAACUUGACGUUUGCCUUUUCUGUUUGUAACACCUCUAAGUGGGAUAACUGCAAUGUAAGUACCCAAUUCCUAUAGGAUAUGCCUGUUCUAUCCUUCCCCAGCCGUUCCCAAUACAUUCUCCUUUGACAUUGUUGCCAAUCUUCUGACUGAAAGGAAAAUCCUUUGUAAUAAAAGGUUAUUUAUUAGUGUUCAACUUCAUUGUAAUGCACUGUUUCUGAAGCCUGUGCUGAACCAAUAAAUGUGUGGAAAAAUAAAAA